AUGGACCACCUCCGUGAUUCUCUACUGAGCUCUCUGCCGAGAGACGGCCCUUCUACUGCAGCGAUCGACCACGCUCGCAGAGACCAGGAAGACACACGACAGGCUAUCGCUCAGGGCGAAACCCAAGAAGUCCGAGACAUAGCCUUCAGCAACCGGACUUGGGUCGUUACCAGCCGCUACUGCGACAUCGGAGAUGGUGUUGACUCUCUCGAGGGUCACAUCCACUCCCUAUGGUACAUGUACUACGAGCUAGGGCGAAACAUCUCCUCCGAAUCCCCCGAACACGAGGGCUUAGUCCUCGACAUCCUUCGCAUUCAAGGAAUGGGCCCAUUGACUAGACCCGCACGCGGAGUCAAUGGAAUCGACAUCGCACGAACUGUUGACGGCACACUGUGGAACGAUCUCCCUUUCCUUGUUGGGGAUAUGACCAACUUCUGGAUCAACCACAGUGCAUCUAUGUCGGGGACCCACCGGCUCAACUUUGCUACAUUCCUAGCUAAACUUGCCUCCACGCGUGCUGCCAAGGAUAGGAUGUGCCAAGUUGCUCUCUUGAUCUUCCGCACUCUGCUUGAAAGCCCUGUGCAACUCCACUCAGGGAAAGAAUCCGAUGAGGAGGACGUCAAUAGAAGUACUAAGCAGUUGGAGGUGUUUCAUCUGCUACCCUCUGCUGUUGUUUGGCUGAAGACAGCAAAUCACAACCUCCUUUUGCUAUCAGAGGUAUAUUGGAACGACUGUCCAAGCUAUAUUAGCAAGGCUGGUGAGAUGUUCGUUGAAUCAGAUCUCGGACAGCGAUCACCUAUGGGAUUCUCUCCAUGGAGAUACAUGUUCUGGCUGAGGCGACUUCAUGAGAUUCGGGAUGAAGCUAAGGAGGCGGAUGAGAAAGCUUUGGAGGAGCUUGCUGCUGAUGGUAUCCAGUAUAUGGUCAAUACGAUCAAGGAAAGGAAUUCGGAGGUCCUUAGGGCUUAUAAGAAUGGUGGAGAUGGUCUGCAUAAGGAUAAGUUUCUUUCGUGUCUAAAGGCUCUUGCACGGGUUGAGGAGUAA